AACAAAGUACAAAGUGGGAAGAUCCCUUUAUAGAAUGUGGGUAUCACGUUUCCUUUUCCACAUUAGCAAAUCCAGAUCUUGGUUCAAAUUGGGUUUCCUAUCUUCCUUAGAACUAAAGUGAAACCAUAAAUAAAAAUAAAAAUAAAAAUAAAGUAAAUACAAAACCCCCCAUCAUAUUCAUCAAUAACAACACAAUUCUGCCCAAUCACUGUCCCCUCUGCACUUUCGUCGGUGAUUCUGUGCGGCUGCUGCUUCUAUACUUAGUCUCCAGCCCCCAUUAGAUCUACUGUCUUGCUAGUCAACAUUCAACUUUGAAUUUCAAGAUAAAACAAGGGAGAAUUUCUGGGUUUUAGCUUCGAAUUUGAAGAGAGAACAAGGAAAUUUUCUGGGGUUUUGGGCAAUUUCAGCUUCGAAAUUUGAAGAUAAAAACAAGGAGAAUUUCUGGGUUUUGGGCAACUUAGAAUAAUGGAGGCGGAGAAGAAAGCGUCAGCAGUAUCAGAUGUGGGAGCAUGGGCUAUGAACAUUGUCAGCUCCGUCGCUCUUAUUAUGGCCAAUAAACAACUCAUGUCUAAUAGUGGCUAUGCCUUUACCUUCGCCACAACCUUGACUGGUUUCCACUUCACUGUGACUGCAUUGGUGGGUUUGGUAUCGAAUGCUACCGGGUAUUCAGUAUCGAAGCAUGUUCCUGCUUGGGAGCUCCUUUGGUUUUCUAUUGUUGCCAACAUGUCAAUCACUGGGAUGAACCUUAGUCUUAUGCUUAAUUCUGUUGGUUUCUAUCAGAUAUCGAAGUUGAGCAUGAUCCCAGUGGUUUGCGUUCUCGAAUGGAUUCUUCACAGCAAACACUACUCAAAGGAAGUCAAGAUGUCUGUUGUCUUUGUGGUUAUUGGUGUGGGCAUUUGCACUGUAACUGACGUCAAUGUCAAUGCCAAAGGUUUUAUAUGUGCCACUGUGGCAGUGUUGUCAACAUCGUUACAACAAAUUUCAAUAGGUUCUUUGCAGAAAAAGUAUUCAAUUGGAUCUUUCGAGUUGCUGAGUAAAACUGCACCAUACCAAGCUUUAUCUCUUAUAGUGCUUGGUCCGUUUAUUGAUUACUUUCUAAAUGGAAAAUUCCUAUUGACAUACAAGAUGUCUUCUGGUGCUCUUCUAUUUAUUAUGCUAUCAUGCUCAUUGGCGGUGUUCUGCAAUGUUAGUCAGUACCUUUGUAUAGGACGAUUCUCAGCAGUUUCGUUCCAGGUGCUUGGUCAUAUGAAGACAGUGUGUGUGUUGACAUUGGGUUGGUUGCUCUUUGAUUCAGAGAUGACUUUAAAGAACAUAAUGGGUAUGGGAAUAGCUGUUAUGGGUAUGGUUGUUUACAGUUACGCUGUGGAGCUCGAUAAACAAGCUGCAGCUAAGGCAGCUCACCAUGCCAAAAGCAGUCUCACAGAAGAGGAGAUUAGAUUGUUGAAAGCUGACUUGAAUGUCUCUCCUGUCAAGGAUCUUGAACUCGGCCAACAAAAGUCCUAAGUCGAAUUCACAACAGUUUUGGUUCAAUUACAUUCUUGUUCGAUUUAUCACCAACCAAAGUUCCACAUCCCAGUCUACAUACAACAAUGCCAUGCAUGUAUUUCUAUCAGAUUUAGCUUGUAAUCUUUUUUGUUUCUUACCAUAUUUAUUAAUUAAUUGUUUCUAAAAAAUUUAAGUGUAACAUGUUUAUAGACAAACGUCAUUAUCAUUAAUUAGAGUGCCAAGUCUUAACAUUCUUGUUC